UUUUAACAAAAAUGGAUUCAAACUCAGACAAGUUAACUAAUAAGGAGAAUAUGUCAGGUGAACCAAGCCUGGCUUCAAUAGAAAGUGGAUUUGUUUCUUUAACUGGAUCGAAAGCAAAAGAAACAGUGAAUGGUGGAAAUGAUCUUGAAAUAGAGAAAAAUAAAGAUGCCAAAAUUCUCGUCGAAAAUGGAGGAAAUGAUAUCAAAAAUGACAAAAAGGAGAAGACAAACAAACUUCAGGUGUUUUUUUUAAUUAUCUUCGGCUAG